AGUCUUUUGGGGGACUACGCUUAGGUCCACCCGACAACAUUCUUGGGCUGACUUCCCGACGGCUCCCGCCUUAGCCCCGCCCCCGUGGACUCGCCAAUCGCUGUGCGCUUGUAGCGGGGGUGGGUGGAGCCUAGGAAAUUCGAACGAAGCCCCGCCCCCCGGGAGCAUAUUCCCGGGAACUGGGAGGUUGUAGAAGAAAAGCAUCCUGCGUGGACGGUCUAAGCUGACUCGCUUCUGCUGACUGGGCAUGGAGGAUCUGAAAGAAGAUGUCAAAUUCAUUGUGGAUGAGACCUUGGACUUUGGAGGGCUGUCCCCAUCUGACAGUCACGAGGAAGAAGACCUAACGGUAUUGGUGAGCCCAGAGAAGCCACUUCGACGGGGCCUCUCUCACCGCAGUAACCCCAAUGCCGCCGUAGCUCCCACUCUCCAGGGUGUGAGGUUCAGUUUGGGCCCCCUCAGCCCGGAGAAGCUGGAGGAGAUCCUUGAUGAAGCCAACCGCCUGGCAGCUCAGCUAGAGGAGUGUGCCCUGCAGGACCGGGAGAGUGCAGGUGCAGGCCCUGGGAAGCCUAGCCCCAGAGCCAAGCCCAGCCCUCGAAGGGAGACAUUUGUCCUCAAGGACAGCCCUGUCCGAGAUCUCCUGCCCACUGUGAGCUCUUGGAGCACACCAUCCCCAAGCAGCCUAACUGGACUCCGAAGCAGUGAUAAAAAGGGGUCAGCCAGGGCUGUUCGGGUGACAUCUGGAAAGAAGCCCCCCAGCACGAAAAAGGAAUCACCCACUUGCAAUCUGUUCCCUGCACCCAGAAGCCCAGCACUCUCUCCUCUUGCACAAUCAAGUCUUCCACCCCGGCGGAAAACUGGGCCCAGCGCACGGACAACAGCAAGCCCACCAGUCCCUGUCAGGCCAGUCCUAGCUCCACAGCCCUCAACUAGCAACUCUCAAUGUUCAUCCCGGCUACAGGGAGCAGCUGCUAAGUCUUCCAGUCGACUACCGGUUCCCUCAGCCAUCCCCAGGCCCGCCACUCGAAUGCCACUCACUAGCCGGAGUGUACCAAAACCUGGCAAAAGUACCCUACCUCCAGAUUCUCUCUCAGCUCGGAAAGGGCUUCCAAGCUCUGCAGGGCACAGAGCUCCUGUUUCCCAGAGAACCAAUCUUCCAACUCCCAGUGCCCCUCGAGGCAGGAUGCAGCCCCUCAGGAAAGCUGCAGUCCCUGGACCUACUAGGUAAAAAAAAAGUCAGGACAACAAGCACGUACGUAUUCAGUAGCGAACCACUACACUACCAUCUUAGCCAUCAAAGACUGGCCCUUCUCCGAGUAGUCCUUACUCCAGCAGAUUCUUGCCCAGAGAUGGGAGGAAUAGUUGCCUCCAGAGUUGAGCUCCGAAGUAGAGACCACGGAGGGUGGAGUAGGUUGAGCUAAAAUCCCUCCCACCCCCACCCUGGCUGAAAGAAGAGAGGAGAGAAAUUCACAAACAAAAUGAGAAACGCAGGCAGAGUGACUUGGCUCCUUCCAUCCCCACUUGUGGUCAGCCCUAGAGAGCUUGACCUUCUUCCCACACCGUGGUUCACCAGCCAUGUACUCGUGAGUGGCCUGCAGAACUAGCCAGGCUCCCUGGUCUCUAGGAGAGGUCUUCUGAAUCGUUUCCUCCGCUGGAUUCUGGCCUGUUUGGAGAAACCAGCCCUGCAGGGCUUGUUUCCUGUGACUCCUCAUAGGCCAAUCAAUGAUAAGCUUACUCAUCAGUCUGCAACUUUUUCUUAAAUAAAAUGAAUUUUUUUAUAUA